AUGACGGCCAGUGCGAAGUCGAAGGCCCCGAUCCGCUUCCGGGCCCUUGAGAAAGUCAGGGUGCGGCCCCCGAGCUUGGUGCAAACUUGUCUCAAGCGCGUCGCGGCGAACUUCCUGAGCUAUGACAACUUGCAGUCAAAGCUCGGACGGAAGCAGCUCGAGGAUGUGUACGCGAUGCUUGAUCUCCAGAUGCCCCUCCCGGAGGCGGCGACCAGGAUCAGCGACGAGAGCUACUGGAAGCGUCGCACGCAGGCCAAGCACCGGAACGCGCAGGUGGAGAAGCACGGCCUUUCGUGGAAGCAGACGUUCUUGGAGCUGGAGCUGCAGGAGGUGCUGGAGCGGCUGCCCAUCACCGUGGAGUACAACUCCCCCGAGUGGGAGGCGCUGAAGCUGCAGGUGAGGGCCUCGCGGUUGCACGUCUUCCAGCUCACCAUCGCGCAGUUCCCGUCCCACGUGGACUUCAGCUUCCUGUUCGACGAGCUGCCGGCCCUGUGCAGCUUCUCCGUCACCUACGGCAACAAGCGCCUGGGCAUGGAUUACGAGAGGGCCAUGUUCGGCAUGAAGAUAUCCGACGCGCAGUACCUUGCACGGAACAUCCGCGUGAGCCAGACGCUGGUGUCCCUGUCGCUGCCGUGCAACAUGAUCGACGACGAGCUGGUGAAGGUGCUCAUGGGCGGCCUGUCGUUCGGGCACAUGCUGACGCAGCUCGACCUCAGCCACAACAAGAUCGGCGACCGCGGCGCGCGGCGGCUGGCCUCGCUGCUGGACCCAGACUACUGCCUGCAAAUCCUCGACCUGAGCGACAACCAGAUUCACGCCAACGGGUGCAUGCACCUGGGGGCGCACCUCGCCGAGAACACGACCUGCGAGUCGCUGAACAUCAGGCUGAACAGGUGCGAGGACAACGGGGUCUCUCACCUGUUCCAGGACCUCUGCGUGAACAAGCACCUGAAGCAGCUCAACAUCUCGUGCAACGAUCUGACAGUGCGGUGCCUUCCGUACAUGAACCAGAUGCUCUCCGAGAAUGCCACGCUGACGGAACUCGAUCUGAGCGCGAACCCGCUGUACACGCCGGACGCGGAGGAGGACCUGAGCCAGUCGCAGCUCGGCGCGAGCAUGAUGGCCGGCGACUCGCUCCAGGUGGGCGCGGAGACCGUGGACGGAGGAGAGGACGCCUUCGCAGGCAUCAGCAUGUCGAGCCAGUUCGGCAAGUUCGCCCGCUGCGUCAUGCGCAGCCCGUCGCUGCUGAAGGUGGACAUCCGGCAGUGCAGCCUGCCAGCGGAGCUGGCCGAGAGAAUCACCACCGCGGUGAAGCACCGCGAGCUGCGCGCCAAGGGCAUUCCGGUGGAGGCGUACGAGAGGAUUGGCAGGCACGCGCCCGAGGAGCUGGAGGGGGAGCCCGAGGAGGGCGGCCCCGCCGAGGACGAGGCCGCGGGCGAGGCGCAGGCCGCCAGCGCCCCCGAAGGCGCCGAGGGCGCCGAGGGCGGCGAGGAGGAGGAGGAGGCGGCCGAGCCGUGA